GCCGGUCCCGCACGUGAUGGAAGGGCGCUAGAGCGGAUUAAGCAAAAAAGGUGGUGGGGAUGUCUGCGCGAGCACUAAUCCGUGGUGGGAAGGGCGCACUAGUCCGUGGAACGCUGCGAACGGCAUACCGUCUGAAAUUUCCGUAUCCGUUAUUUCGAUUUCACUCGGUGCUUCUAUACUAGACCACCGGAGGAUAAAAGACAAAAAAAAUUUAGCCAUGGAAUCGAAUACCGAGAAAUCUCGUUCCAUUGAAGAAUACGAUCUUUAAUUAACCCUUCCACGAAAAUACACGAGACAGCGGAUCUAGUAACCGUCAUUAAUCGCGUGCAAUGUCUGCCGAACGUAAUAGCUCGUACAUUGUCCUCUCGCUGCAGCAGCGUCUGGAGGUUCUACGAAAGCUGGAGUAUGCUGUCCCGAUCAGCCAACUGGCAACCGAGUAUGGCGUAAGCGUUGCGACCAUACACCGAAUCAAAAAAAACGGAGUCCAACUGCAGCAAAAUUCUGAAACGUCUGGGAAAAUCAGAAAGAGGAUGAGGAAGCCCGUACUACACGAGCUAGACGAUCGCUUGUACGCGUGGUAUUUGCAACAGCGGGCUGUGUGCGAUCGAGUCACGGACGCGCAGUUCCACAAGAGGGCGCUAGAACUAAACAAACAGUUCGCCGGUCCGUCGACGUUCACCGCGAAUAAAGGAUGGAUAUGGCGGUUCAAGAAACGUCAUGGAAUAGCUGUCUCGAAAGCUACCGCCGUGAACGACGACGCCGAUGUUUCCACCAAGGCGGAGGAGGAGUUCAUUCAAGGGUUCCUAUGGCGUCUCGAAGAGGAGAACAUACAGCUGGAGCACGUCUACAACAUGGACGAGACCAGGCUGAUGUGGAAAGUCCUUCCGCCAAGAGUGUUGGCCCACGCAGGCACUCACAAACUUCCACCACUCUUUAUUCACGACUGCGAGAAAUCAAGGGCACUGAAGCACUUAAAUCAACACGAGUUACCAGUCAUUUGUCGAACUCAGGAGAACAGUUGGGUAGAUAAGUCUGUGUACGAAGACUGGUUAGAAAAUCACUUCAAACCAGCCGUAAGGAGGCAUCAGUUUGAAAGCGGUUGCUACGGCAAAGUGCUGUUGCUGGUAGACAGCAAUGAUGCUCACAUUCUAGCGAAACCGGCGGACAUAAAGGAGGAGAAGGACAACGUAGAGGUUGUGUUCCUUCCUACGAACACGAAGUCUAGCUUGAACCCAAUGUGUCAAGGUAUAAUGGAAGAGGUGAAAACAUCCUUUCGUUGCCGGAUGUUGAAGAAAAUCUUGGAUUUUCCACAUGGCGUCACUCAGUUCUACUCGGAUUAUGAUCUGAAGGAUUGCAUCGAUAUAGUGACCGAGGCGUGGAAAGAUGUGUCACGAAUUGCCCUCCGUGAUUCGUGGCAGAAAAUUUUAGGGAACAGGGUAAAAGAGGAAGUUAUAGUCAAGAACGAGCCGUGUGAUACCACAGCGUCGAGUAUCAUUAGUAUCCGAAAUACGGUUAACACAAUAGUUGGGACAACGAUCGGACAACAGGAAAUCGAAAAUUGGCUUACAACAUGUGAGAAGGGGGAGGGAGAUCCGAACGAUAUGUGUGAAAAGAAAAAAUGUUCGGAUCAAAAAGUUCCUUCGUACCUGGAAGAGGAAGAAGUAGAGAGAACGUUUUCAAAUUUACUACUUUGGUCGUUAAAUCAGCCUGAAUUUAUUAAGUUACAGAUACAAGUAUUGAAGAAAUAUUACGAAGAAAUGCAAAAGCAAAGUAGUUACAGUAUACUAGAAUAAUAAAAAUAUUUUUUAAUUUGUUUGUCAUUGUUUACUGAACCCGCAGUUUUCGACGAAAUAAAUUAUUAAUAACUGAUUUGAAUCAUUUGAUUUAUAUCUUUUUUAAAUGAAGGAUAAACUUAAUUUUCAGAAGGAAGUUUAGAAGUAACACUUAUACAAAUGUAUAGGUAACUACCAGUUACUGAUACAUUGUAUUUUCAUAAUUAUUUCCAGCAAAGACAUAUAAGAAGUUGAAAUAAUUACUAGAACAAGAACUUUACUUCUCUGAAUUACUGCUAGAUAAUAAUGUAUUAUCUAAUUUAUUAUCUUAAAUUCAUAUUCUACAAACAUACACUGUAACAUUAAACAUAAAAAAUGCAUGUGUAUAUAAUAAAUGUAAAGUUUCAUGAGCUUCUUGGUAAGUAUUUCUGAAAAUGACAAACUGU